AUGCAGCUCCUUUCGACCCUCACAUUCCUAGCAAUCGCCAUCCAGUGUGCAGUCGCUGCGCCCGAGCGCAAUCUGCUACGGUCGGGCUACGACAAGCCGAUCAACUUCUCCGACUUGUCGGACCUGACGACCGUCGCAAGCAACCCAAGGUCUCAUCAGCAGCCAAAGCACGGAUAUAGCACCACACCGUCCAGCAUCGACCAUCUCACUGGCGCGGACCCGUUGUCCCAUAUCAAAAAGAGCGGUGUCCUGCCCAGCUCGAACUCGCUGCCUGUAGGCGACAGCAACCUUCUUUCCGGUGCAUUGGGUGGCCCUUCGACAUCGACCAACAGCGGAACGAAGGCGUAUUCAACGCUUAUGAAGAGUGGGCUAUCCGAAGACCGGUCGCUGACGAGUCCGAAGAAGACCCCUCCUCCCAGCCCGAAGAAACAGAGUGUUUACGUGAGUCCGUCGAAGAAGACCAGCCCCAAGGUACCGCCCAAGAAGCUGCCCAAGAAAAACUCGCACACGCCCAACCAGAAGAAAGCGAAAAUUGACCCUGCAAAGACCCCCGUUCAGAGAGCCGUCGUGUAA